AUGCCAUUGCUCCGCCACCUCGCACUGACCCACGGCAGUGUCGGCUUUGCAUUUGUGGACGCGUCGACGUGGCCGGACCUCGAGAGCAUCGCCUUCGAACGCGUCACCUUGACUGCAACCGCCCAGAUCGCGCUCCAGGCGUAUUUCGACCGUGUACAAAACCUCCGAGAGGUGUCGUUCGCAGGCCCCGAGUGCAUGGCGGCCACCUCGUGGAUACCGACCUCGACGACACGUGCGCUGCGCGAAGGAUGCAAUGCGUCGUCGCCGCUUCAUCUGGACCUCACCGCGAACGACAUUGGCAUCAAGGGCGUCGGCGCGCUUUUGAAAGCCCUUGCAACGUGCCUCUACGUGCGAAUCGAGAUUGCAUGCACGAACUUCGACCUUCUCGCACCGUACAAGACUGAGAUUGAAGCGUUUGCCGCCUUCCAUGGCGUGGCGGCGACAGUCACGCAUGAGCACUACACACUGUGCAGCCCUUCCACACAUUUCCAGUACUAUUAUGCAAUGUAG